AUGCCUUCUCCUCUUUGUCUUAUUCUGUCCGACGAUGAGAGCGAUACUAGCUCAGACCUGCCCGAGGUUUUCUCGGACAGCGCCUCCGACUCUGAUUCCUCCACCGCCCCUAGCGUCUUCGAUGGCAGCAGCGACUCUGACAGUGAAUCCGACGAUGAACUCGAAGAUGAACUGGCACUGGAAGACGAAGAGGAGCAGCUUUCACCAGAAUACUACCUCCAGGAGGCCGAGGCACUUGAUGUCUCCCAGCUCCGACAGAAACGGUAUAGCCCGAAGACUCAAGAGAGGUUGGAUGAGACGCAAGAUUUCUGGGAUAGGUUCUGCGAGGGCGCAAAGCGCGAUCCAGUGAAAUGUCUAUCCUGGAUCUCCGAUACAGAGGAGACUGUCCGCUUCCUUAAGGCCCUUUUUUCCUGGCGUUGUGAUCAGCGACGUGGAAAGGACGGACGUCGGACCCCGGGGCUGGAAAACCAAAAGCUCGCUCGACGCAUUUUGGAAGUGGUGGCAUCUGAUCUACAAGGCCGCGGUUGGACAUGGCCUCAGCAAAGAUAUCCAAGUUAA